UUAAUUUUGUUUCUCGAAAAAAAUAUUUAUUGAAAUAAUUAGCUGGAACACACUAGUUUUACUAUACAAUUUCAAUUAAAUAAUCUUAAAUCUAAUACGCCAUGAAGUGAAGUAAAUGAAACAUUUAAAAAAGAUUUAUUAAAAGUGCUAUUUAAAUUCCAAUUUGAAAUUAUUGAUUUUUCUUCAUCAAAGAUAUUAAUUGGAAUGGUUAUGAAGGUUGCGUUUGAUGAAAUAAUAAGAAAAAUACUACGAAAAUACACGUAUCGCCAUCUUGUCCCAAAUUUAAAUGGCUAAACAAAUAGCUGAUGUGCAAAUUCAUGCUUCCGACACCCUAGAAGACGAUAACUUGGAUGUUAGUGUGGACCUCAUUGACGAUGGACUCUAUUUAGGUAACUUGGCGUGUGCACGUGACUCGAAGGUUCUGGAACAGCUGAAAAUCACACAUGUCCUCACUAUUGACUUAGUGCCCCUGCAAAGAAGCAUACUCGAUCGCACCAGCCUCACUUUCAAGUAUAUGAAAUUGGCGGAUGUUCCAAAGGAAGAUCUUAUAAGUCACUUGCCAGAAAGCAAUGACUUCAUUAAGCAGGCAAUCGCCAGUGGGGGAACAGUACUCGUACAUUGUUAUUUCGGCGUAUCCCGGUCUGCUGCUGUCGUUAUCGCGUACAUAAUGGAGAAGUAUGGCCUCUGUUACGAGGACGCCUUCCUAUUGGUGAAGACGAAACGUCGCUUCAUUGGCCCAAACGUGGGCUUCGUUGCCCAGCUAAAGCUGUUUGGGCACAUGGGCUAUAAGAUCAACAGGGACGACCCGAGGUUCAAGCAGUUCCGGCUCAAAAUGGCUGGGCAGAAGUUGAAACAAGUGAAAAUCCUGCCGCAACUGUUCGCGGACCUGGUGAAGUUGGACCCAGGGCUGGUCCGCGAGCGGCCGGACCCCAUCGUGUACCGCUGCAGGAAGUGCCGCCGCGUCGUGGCUAGCCAAAGUAACAUCAUCCCGCACCUGCCUAAACAGGUUAAGAUAGACCUGGCCAAGAAGAACAUAAGACCUCCCCCGAGCAAGCUGACCGGCCUCACGUGCGCGGAGAACGGUCAGCUGCUGAUUGAGAAGUUGAAGAGCCUGGCCUGCCAGAUCAUGGACUCUAGGAUCGACGUGGAGGAGUCCAGCGACGACAGCGCCGCUAAGAGCUGCCCCGACAGCGAAGAGGGGCCCAGUCAGGUACUGGACGGCUACAAUGAAAACAACAUGGUGGACGCGAGCAUAGCGGCGCGCGCGGACUCGCCCGAGAUAUGCCGCCUGAUGUGGUUCGUGGAGCCCAUGAGCUGGAUGAAGGAGGUGCAGAGCUGUCCGCAGGGCAAGUUGCACUGCCCCAAGUGCCAGAACAAGAUCGGCAGCUUCAGUUGGGUGAUGGGUUGUAAAUGUCCUUGCGGUCAAAAAGUGGCCCCCGCGUUCUAUCUGGUGCCUUCGAAGGUGGAGUGGUCGAACAUUGUCCAAAAUGUGCAGGUGACCGUUUAAACAAUGUUGCAUUCGACGUAUUGCAGUGUAUUCGGUGUCUCGUAGAAAUUUGUGGCGCUACUCUCUUCCAUUUGAACUCCAUAUUAAAAAUAGUUAACUAAAUAUAAACGAAAGGUUCAUUUCUACAGUAUAUUUUUAGGGUAAAUAGAAAAAUUAUAUUAUAUACUUUAAGGUGUCUAGCCGAAAUUACUUCCAUCACGAAACCAUUGUAAUGUCCACAGAAUUAAGAACAGACAGAACCAUCAUUCACGCAUUAUUGCAUAUAAUACACGCCACCGUAGCCACGCGGUCACUUUACACCCUCGGAAUGUGUCUAGCUCACAAACUUUACCCAUUUUCUCCGUUUUAUGGUAAACGUUAAGCACAUUAGAGAUUAAUAACUAUCAACUGCUAAAUGGAAUUAAAUGACUAACCUUAGAGACCGCUGUUCGAGAAACACUACUAAAGUGGAGUGGUUUUUGAUGUCUCAGUAUUAGUCGUGUUAACGGUUUCUGUACGUACUUAAUUCUGUGGUUACGUCGUAGAGUGCGUUUGCAGUAGUUGAUAGAGUAGAUAUUAGCUUAGUUGAUUGAUUGUCAUUUGGAAGCGUUGUCUCAGUAAAAUAUAUAGCGAAAUUUAAUAGUCCACUUGGAAGCGUUUUUAUGUCUUGCAAAAAAAUGCAAUUUAUUAGUUUUGUUUAGGCUGUUUUUCUAUAGGAAAAUGUAACCAUAAAGUUGUGUUUUCAUAGAUUAAGAAUCAAUUAAGACGUUAAGUCUCGAAACAGUUUAGUUUUCAAAUAUCUCCUUAAUCAACUGAGAUACAGAGCUAAAAUCUACUUGAUCAACUAGAAAUAGCCCCCUCUACAAUUUAACAUAGGUUACACGAUAUUAAUCAUAGAAAUAAAAUGACACUUAAAGUCAUCUGCUCAGGUUUCAAAGAUCAAUGUGAAUUCAACUGAUGUCAAACCUUUUCUUCUUCUUACUUAAAAUAUAUUUAUUAUGUUAUAUAUUAUGUAUUAUGUAAAGACUAUAACAUCAUAUUAUAUAUACCUUUAUAGAAAAAUUUACUACAAAUACAAAAUGAGAUUUAGACUGGAAACAGGUACGUUAGACUUUCGGUGCUUUCGAAAAUGUAUAAAACAACUUAUUAUAUAUGUAUCAAAAAUGUAUAGUAGACAUAUUAUGAGUUCAUUUUGUAUAAUUAUGAUAAAUUAAUUGUUUAAUGUUGUAUUUCUAUAUUCGGUGUUACAUACUGUGGGUUUAAAUAAUGAAAAAUUAUGUAAUAAAUAUUUGUUUAUUA